UGCGCAAUACAAACGGUUUGCGUCAUGAACCAUAACACGGUGUAUCCUCCUGCGAGAAAUCGUGCACGUGUUUUUAAAGACACUAUUAAAGCUGUAAAAGGUGGAAAAUGGUCCGUAAGUUAAGAUUUCACGAGCAGAAGCUCUUAAAGAAAGUCGAUUUUAUUAACUGGGAAGUGGACAAUAAUCUGCACGAGGUGAAAGUGUUGCGGAAAUACCGCAUCGAGAAGAGAGAAGACUACACCAAGUACAACAAGCUGAGCCGCAGCAUCCGAGAGCUGGCACAGAAAAUCCGUGACCUGGACGAGAAAGACGGUUUCAGAGCUCAGAGCACGACGCAGCUGCUGGAGAAACUCUACAGCGUGGGUCUGAUCCCCACUAAACAGAGUCUGGCUCUCGCUAAUAACGUCAACGCUUCAUCGUUCUGCAGGAGGCGGUUGCCGUGGGUGAUGCUGAAACUGCGCAUGGCUCAGAACAUGAAGAACGCCAUCACUUUCGUCGAGCAGGGACAUAUUCGUGUCGGCCCUGAGAUCGUCACAGAUCCUGCGUUUCUGGUCACAAGGAACAUGGAGGACUUUGUGACGUGGGUGGACUCGUCCAAGAUCAAGCAACACGUCAUGAAUUACAAUGAGGAGCGAGAUGACUUUGAUCUUGUGGUUUAAAGCCGCAGUGUUGAUGUUCAUCACACAGGAGAGUGUGAGCAGGGAUCCCGGAGCUGCUCAGGUUCUGCACUCAGACCAGCAACAUGAACAAAACGACCGAAUCAUCAUCACAAAUGAACAGGAGUGUGUUCCAUUUUACACUGCUGUUGGGUCGAGAGACACAGAAUGUUUUCACACAAUAAUCUUUUAUUUUACUGAAACGUUAUUGCUCAUGAAAACAUCACGUUUGUAUAGAAUAAUGCGAUGAUAUAUAAAUAUGAGUGUAAAACACGACGACGUGCCAAAUUUCGGCUCUGUGGAAUUGAUGUGACACGUGUUGCCUUUUAAGGAAAGGGGCGGGGCUAAUACAUCUGGGGUGGAGCUUGUCGCAUCUCCAGGAUAAAAAUAUAAAUAAAACUAAAAAUAAUGCCUUGUAUGAUCCGUGUGGAUCAUUUAAAGUAAAUCAGUAAUAAUAAACUGAAGGUAAACGUGAUCUCGUCUUUACACGGUUCUCUUAUUCUGAAUGAACUAAUUAAGUACUUCCGGUUGCCACGUGGACAUAAAGUUCCUCAAUCUUGGCUUAAUUUCACACAUCUAUAUUUUUCUGUCAAUAAAAUUGUUUAUAGCACAA